GUGGAUUGAUUGAGGCGUCAACAAGCUUAAGAGAACGAGCGCAGCCAUGGAGGAGUGAGCUGUGGAGGUCGAAGCUGAACGAUGACGGCAGCUAUGGUGGACCCUGCUCAUUCUUCGGCGAAGUGAAGUGAAGCUAGAUAGCAAGAGUGGAUAUGGCGGAGUCCCCAUUGCCCUGGAACAAACCGCCUUCGCAGUCUCCUACCACUUCCUCAACGUGGGCAGACACGAGCCCCGUGGGGGCACACGUGGCGUCCUCAGGGAGCUCCACGUCAUCGUCGGCCGCCGGAGAGCUGGACUCUUCUUUGCCCAUACGUAUGGCAUGCCUAACGACCUCUCCUGGACGUUCAAUCCCGAUCCCGAUCUCGAUCCCAGUCCCCUCCUCAUCGGGCGUCCUCGGUACGGAAGUUUGCCAUCCCUUCGACGACAGACUCGACGAACGCUGUCCGAGCAAAGUAGGCGGAGGAGGAGGGGGGGGGCCUGGGCCCCCAUCCACCACUAACCUGAUUUCUUCCACAGCUGCGACCAGCGGAGAAACCUUGUCAGGUGCAUCUGGUCUGUCGGGUCUGUCAGGUUCGUCAGCUGUGUCUGGUCUCUCGGGGAUGUCUCAACCUGCUGGCUAUCUUGGGGGCUUUGGAAGCGCCCUACACAUGAGAGGAGGAGGAAUAGCAGAAGAACUAGGAGGAGGGGAGAUGGGAGGAGGAGGGCCAGGAGGAGGAGAAAUGGGAGGAGGAAGAGGAGGAGGAGGAGGAAUUCGAGGAGGUGGAGGAGGGGGGAUGGGAGGAGGAGGAGGAGGAGGAGGAGGGGGAGGAGGGGGAGGAACGGGAGGAAGAGGGACGGGAGGAGGAGGAGAACGUCCAAGCCUCUUGGCAUUUGACUUCGACAUUGACACUUUGUCACUUCUCCUUGAUGAACAAACGAGAAACUUGAAUAAUGCGGUGAUUAACUUUUUUCUCGACAUGAAGAACAAAAUACGACAUAGAGAGGAUGAACUGGUUGCUACUGAAAAGGACAGAGGAGACAAGCUGUGCUGCCAGAAGCAGGCGGAGAUUGAGCAGAUGAGGCAAGAGAUAGGCCAAGUGGUGGCACAUGCAGCUCACCUGCAGGAAUUCCAGGAACGAGCCGCGGACCUGGUUGCUGCCCGCGGUCUACAGAUGUACCAUCUCAGGAUCAAAUUGCGCACCAUGUGGAGGUGGUUCUCCACCGUCGCCAGAAUCAAAAGGAUGAAGGAAAAAGAACGACAAGCCGAUAUCUUCUAUUUGAAGAGAGUACUGCUUGGCAAGAUGCUACGUGCAUGGCACAGAGAGAUCCGGAUGAGCGGUCGGGAUCGACUGCAGAACCUCUUCUUUGACAGACUGGCGAAAGCAAAGGACGAAAUUAUGGCUAAGUAUGAGGAGCAGCUCGCGCACGUGCGCGACGACUUGUUAGACGCGAGGAGGGAGGUGCAGAAGGAGCAGGACAGGAGCAGGAAGUUGGAGGAGAAUACCAAACAGGCCUUCAUGAGAGGAGUGUGCGCCUUGAAUAUCGAAGCCAUGGCGUUGAUGAAGCAUGGAACCCCUGUCGGGAUCUUGAAUCCAGUCAACGCGUCAAUCUCCAUGUGCGAGCCAGUUUCCGACGAUUACGUGCCUGGUCCAGAUCGCGACAUGGCCACCGACUAUGGUGGAGGCAACCCCCCGCAAGGGACAGCGGUAUCGGGACCAGGGAUCGCGAGCAGGACCAUGAAUAAUGUCGCAGCAGCAGUCCAAUCCGCCUGAUUGGUUGAUUGGUCGGUGAAGUCCGUCCGUUUUUCGUUCGAGAGAUCCGGCUUUAUUGGUUAUCUAACAUUGCU